CCAGCAGCGUCGGGGGAGAAGAAAGUACCGGUUCCUUCCGCCAAUCCCCGCCGGCCACAGCUAGCUUUCCCGCCUGACCCCUUCCCGUCACCAGUGGGGUACCCCUUCCCUGCCCUCCAGCCAGCCAAUCAGGAGCGCUAUAGCAUCCCGCGUUGGCUUUCGUUCGCUGAGGCACUUAUCAGUCGGAAUUUGGGGGAGCCAGCGGUACCGCCCAUCUCUGGCAGCUAGCGGCGGUUUAAAGGAGGUGGCGGUAAGCUGGUGUGCGGUGGAAUUCAUCACCCUCAUGGUCUCUAAGAUUUUUCACAAUAGAAAAUAACAGCAAAAUAGGCCAAGAUGUCUGUUGAUCCAAUGACCUAUGAGGCCCAGUUCUUUGGCUUCACACCACAAACGUGCAUGCUUAGGAUCUACAUUGCAUUUCAAGACUACCUAUUUGAAGUGAUGCAGGCUGUUGAACAGGUUAUUCUGAAGAAGCUGGAAGGCAUCCCAGACUGUGAGAUCAGCCCAGUCCAGAUUCGCAAAUGCACAGAGAAGUUUCUUAGCUUCAUGAAAGGACAUUUUGAUAACCUUUUUGGCAAAAUGGAGCAGCUGUUUUUGCAGUUGAUUUUGCGUAUUCCCCCAAACAUCUUGCUUCCUGAAGAUAAAUGUAAGGAGAUACAUCCUUAUAGCGAGGAAGAAUUUCAGCAUCUCCAGAAAGAAAUUGACCAGUUACAGGAGAAGUAUAAGACUGAAGUAUGUACUAAGCAGGCCCUUCUUGCAGAAUUAGAAGAGCAAAAAAUUGUUCAGGCCAAACUCAGACAGACAUUGACUUUGUUUGAUGAGCUUCAAAAUGUUGGCAGAGAUCAUGGGACUAGUGAUUUUAGGGAGAGUUUGGUGUCUCUGGUUCAGAACUCUAGAAAACUACAGAACAUUAGAGACAAUGUGGAAAAGGAAAGCAAAAGACUGAAAAUAUCUUAAUUUCUAAAUAGUAAAAAUAAAGAGUCUGUCAAAAAGAAUGAUAAGGAAUUUAUACCAAUGACUGUUCAAGUGAACUGUAUAUUGUAUUAGAUUUUCUUUAUUCACUCUUUCUUGUAUUCUACAUCUUCCUCUUUUUUGGUCCACUCUCCUGAAGUAUCCAUGUACUACUUUGAACUAGUCAGAAGCAUCUCUUUAGAGGCGUCUCUUAGGUGAGAAGGGAUUCUUGAUUCAAUAACAGCUUAUUUGGGGGCAUGAUUGAAGAAAUAAGCCACGGCCAUUUGUAGAGUUGUACCUUGGUCAUGAGCCCUUUGUGACCUUGAUUCUUUUGGCUUAUUCUUUGGAUGAGACCAAAUGAGAAAAGGGUUAAACAGGUGCUCCUUUAUUUACCAGUCAUUACAGUAUUGGGACAGCCAACAUAGAGUGCUUUCUCUUGCCCAGUAACUUUUCUUACAUGAGGGAGUUGAUAACUGGUUGAAAGAAGCAAGAGCAAAAAAGACAACCUCAAUCUUUGGUAAAGAAGAAAAUUAUUUUUCUUUCCAAAAUAAAUCCUUCCCAUGACCAAGGCCCUGAUAAUGUUAAGCAGUUUACUAUCUUGGAGUUCAGCACGAGAAGACCUUGGACACAAAAGGAGCAGAUCUGGCAUACAAAAGGAAGCUUGGAGCAUACCCAAUAGUGAAAUUUAUAUUUAUUGGCUGUUGGGUAUUUAUACCGAUUUCUUUUCAUACUUCUGUUAAUUUUGGAAUCUGCCUUUUACCUAAUAUUUAAUUAUAUUAUUUAUUCACAGUCUUAAUCAUCAAAUAUUUAGAACUGUUGGGGAAAUUUUAGCUGCAUCUUGUACUUAAAUUCAAUGGAGUCUAAUAUUUCUUUUUGUAAUUGGUCCAUGUAAAAUGUUAUAUAUCACUCACAGAAAGGGAAGAAAUAGUAAUGGUUGCUCUAAAGGUAUUGCUUGCCCUCCAUGUCUUCUCAGAGUACAGAUUUGAAGUUUCUCCUUUAUAUGAAGGAAGAGUAACUUAGGGUUUAAUUUUAAUAUUUGUAUUGAAAUAUAUGUAGAUUUAGAAAGCUUAUGUUUGCCUGAAAUAUGUUUAUUAUCAAGAAAUCAUUUUUCUAAUCCUAUACAUUAAAUGUAUGUGCUUUAACGGC